CAUCAAUGCUUAAAAUCCUUCACCGAGUUUGCUACAUCAUCCUUUCUUGCAUAUUUACAUUGCUUUAAUAGAUUUUUUCUCAGAUAAUGACGAGCAGACUCCAUAUACAAUGCAUAUAUAUAUGCACGUGGCAAACUGUGCAGUCUAUACAAUGCACUAUUCGAUCUUCACGGAAAGAUGUGAUUUUUGAAAAAAAAAAAAAAAAAAAUCAUCAUCAUCUGAAACCAAUGGUUCAAAAGUGCACAAAGCGUUCUCAAAGCUAGAGAAGGAAUGCUACGUGGAUAAAGCUACGUGCUUCGUCAAGCCAGGCACAAGCGACAGAAUUGCAAGUCAUUCACGUCAUUUACGAUCACGAGUGCUGUUUCACUGUCGGACUUUCGCUUGUGUUUGUUUCGCGCGCGAUUCGUGAUAACCGAAAAAGUAUUUCUCACCGAUCGUUUCGGCAGGGCACAAGUCACGAUUAUACAGUGACAUGUAAAUAUAUACAUUGAUUCUACAUUAAUUAUCGUUCCUAUAAGCUCGAUCUUCUAUCCGCUCGUCUACUUAUUUCAUUUUUUCUUUUUUUCCUUUUCUUUUUAGUUCGUUUCGUAUAUACAAAUACACAACUGGCGUUAUAUCGGGCAUAGGCGGAAUACACGUUCUUCAUUCACAAGAUCGAGAAUAGUAUAGAUGAAUUCCUUGUCAGUUUUUAAAAAUUUACUAGCGUCGAGCUGUACGCAUAAUAUAACGCAUCGAGAAUAGUCUAUAACGGUGUGAUAGUGACGAAACGAUUUAUCAAAUGUUUCAAUCAGACAAAGGGAAAACUGUCAGUGUUUUAAGAUCACGUAAAAGCACGUGCGUAUGUUAAUUUGUGCAUUUGACGUGGCUAACGUUCUGUUAACAUCGUAUUUAUCGAGGGACAGGCCCGGGGAUAUACUUGUCCAAUCCCUGCGUCAUCGUGCAACAUCAAUGAAUUAGUCGUCAAUUAUAUCUUGUAUGAAUUAUGAUUGUUCAGUUGCACCUUCUUUCCCCAUCUUACUUCGGUUGAUGUACAAAAAAUCAUCGAGCAACGAAUUUUCUGUAUAAUUUAUACUCUUCUGUAUAUUUUGGCGACUUUUCAAUCACACAGUUCACUUUAAUGGAUGAAGAAGAUUGUUUUAUAAAAAAAGAAGCUCCAGGUAGCUUCAAGUCUGAAAAUGUUGCAUCCAAUUCAUCGUUCAUGACAGACGACAAGGGCUUAGAAUUCACGGAGAAACAUGGAGACCUGGGUGACAUGACAUUUCGUAUGGCCAAUUACAUUAAAGAUGUUAUGAAAAUGAUGUUCAUAAUGCGUAGCCAUCAUAUGCUCACCGAUGUUGUACUGGAAGUAGGCUCUGAAUUGUUCUACGCGCACAAAGUUAUUUUAGCCGCAGCUAGUCCGUAUUUUAAGGCAAUGUUCACAGGAGGUUUGAAAGAGUCUGAAAUGACCAGAGUAAAACUUCAAGGUGUCUCUCCGACAAGUAUGGCGCGUCUCCUGUACUUUAUGUAUACAGGUCAAGUAAGAGUUACAGAGAUCACAGUGUGUUCGCUUUUAUCGGCAGCCACCAUGUUCCAGGUUAGUAAUGUGAUUGAUGCGUGUUGUGUUUUCUUGGAAAGACAGUUAGAUCCAACGAAUGCUAUUGGAAUUGCAAAUUUUGCCGAACAACACGGCUGUCAGAGUUUGUAUCAAAAAGCGAAUCAGUUUAUUGUUCAACAUUUUAGUCAAAUAUGUCAAGAGGAAGAGUUUCUACAGUUAUCAGCGAUACAGUUGAUAACGCUAGUGAGAAAGGAUGAGCUGAAUGUUCAGGAAGAGAGAGAAGUUUACAACGCUGUGUUAAAGUGGGUCAAGUACAAUGAAGAAGCGAGAGGGCCUAAAAUGGAGCACAUACUGCACGCAGUUAGAUGCCAGUAUCUUACGCCGAACUUUUUACGAGAACAAAUGAAGAAUUGCGACGUUUUGAAGAAAGUACCUGCGUGCCGAGAAUACUUGGCACAAAUCUUUAAGGAUUUAACCCUUCAUAAGAAACCGAUUGUUAAAGAAAGAACACCCAAUACGCGAAGAGUGAUAUAUAUAGCGGGUGGUUUCUUGAAACAUUCUUUAGACGUUUUAGAGGGUUACAAUGUGGAUGAAAAAACUUGGACCCAACACGCGAAACUAAUCGUUCCUAGGUCCGGUUUGGGCGGAGCGUUCUUAAAGGGUAUGUUUUACGCAGUCGGUGGAAGAAAUAAUUCACCAGAAAAAACAUACGACAGUGAUUGGGUAGACAGAUAUAAUCCAGUGAUGGAUCAAUGGAGAACUUGUAGCCCAAUGUCCAUGCCAAGACAUCGGGUAGGAGUGGCUGUGAUGGAUGGUUUGUUAUAUGCUGUCGGUGGUAGCGCAGGUGCAGAAUAUCACAAUAGCGUUGAAUGUUACGAUCCAGAGCACGAUGCGUGGAGCAACGUAAAACCGAUGCACAUCAAGAGGUUAGGGGUUGGAGUAGCGGUAGUUAAUAGAUUAUUGUACGCCAUUGGUGGCUUUGAUGGAGUGGAUCGACUCAACUCGGUGGAAUGUUACCAUCCUGAAAACGACGAAUGGACAAUGGUUUCAUCUAUGAAGUGCAGUCGUUCAGGAGCUGGAGUCGCUAACCUUGGACAGUACAUAUAUGUUGUAGGAGGAUACGAUGGAACUAGACAAUUGAAUUCUGUUGAGAGAUACGACACGGAGAAAGAUACGUGGGAAUUUGUUAGUAGCGUUACUAUUGCUCGUAGCGCGCUCAGUGUUACAGUACUAGAUGGAAAAUUGUACGCGAUGGGAGGGUACGAUGGUGAACACUUUUUAAGUAUUGUAGAAAUUUAUGAUCCUGCUAAAGAUACAUGGGAACAGGGUGUUGCCAUGACUUCAGGGAGAUCAGGUCAUGCGAGUGCAGUGUCUUAUCAUCAGUGUCCUAUACACUGUGAUCAUUUAGAUCACAAUAUAUCGUUAGAAAAGCCACCAUCGUGAUACGUGUAAUUAUUGAAACCAUUGAUUCAGCUAUUUGUACGAAUAGCUGGAUUACAAACUUUAGCCUAGGAAGAUUAAUAUUAAAAGAAGAAAUAAAAUAAUGAAAUCAAUUGUUGAAGCAAUAAACGAAUUAUCGAUUA